AUGUCGGUCAGACCACCAACCUUCCGCGUACUAUGGCGCCAGUGCUUUGUACAACCAACUCGGCCAGGUUUGCAAACGAACUCGAGCUCACCAUGGCGUUACUUCAAUUCGAGUGCGCCUCACUCGGCUAAAGGAGUCCGCAGGACAGUCGAUUCCCCGUGGACCGCCGGACACAACUCCGGUGGUAAUAAAGACCCUCGCGCUCUAGCAAAGCUGGAAGCGAAGGUAUUACACAAUGGAGAGAUGGUCUUGUUCCAGGCUCCUUCUCACCGCACAUAUAAACUCACCGCGUACGGGUUGGCCGGGUUCUGUUUCGCCUAUUCGCUCUACAACUCCAACGAAGUCUUCCGGGAUCCUCUGGUUCCCCGUCCUUACUGGCAGAAGGCUUUGUUCGGUGGUAUUUGUGUCGUGAUGAGUGUCAUGGGCACCGUGUUCAUCGCCCGGACUGGGUCUUUGGUCAAAAGCAUCAAAGCGGUCAAAUCCAAUGGCCAGAUGCGUGUGCGCUUCACGGUUUCAAGCAUGGCACCUUUCAAAAAGCCCUACAAUGUUGAGGUGAACCCCGGUGAGAUUUUAUUUAAGCGCCAGAUCACUGUCUCAGCGGAAGCUGCUCAGCGAUUCGAGAUGGAAAAGGUGAGACUUGGCCGUGGGAUCCAAGAAGAGAUCAAGUUCUUCAAGUCUCCAGCAAAGAAAAUAAGCUACAUGGGCUGGCAGAUCUUCCAGUCCCUGCGUCAGGUCUUUACAAACGAGGACUUUAUCGUCGUGCAGGUUGCGGGCCGCAAGACUCAGUUCCGUGUGGACUCCAAUGGCUAUGUCUCAGAUGAGCUCUUGAACUUUGGCCGUAUUGUGAACAUGAAGAUGCCAUUGCAACAAUGA